GAAAGGAAAGAAAAGAAGGAAAAACUUGAGGAGAAGGCAGUCCACAAAGAAAAGAAGAAGGAGAUAGUGGAGGAUGAGGAAAAUGGAGCUGAUGAGGAUGAGGAAGAGAAUCCUGAUGAUGUGGAUGAAGAAGAAGGAGGUGAUGAGGAUGAAGAAGGAGAUGAGAAUGGGCAAGAGCAGGAUGGUCAUGCAGAGAAACGAUCUGCAGAGGAGGAAGAGGAUGAAGUGGAUCCAAAGAGACAGAAGACAGAAAACGGCUCUUCAGCUUGAGUUCUCCCCUCCCAUCUCCCCUGUUCCGUCCAUCUCCUCCUCCAUUCCAGCCUGUGCUUGCGCUGCCCAUUAGCCUCUGGCUUCACACAAUCUCAGAUGAGGAAAGAUUAGAAAUUCUCUCAAACAGCGAAGACAGCAGUUUUCUCCUAACCCAAAGACCUAGCCCAUCUGUGACAUUCCCCAGCUGAAAUUAUUCCA